AUGAAGCUAGUCAGAUUCCUGAUGAAGCUCUCUCACGAGUCGGUCGUGAUUGAGCUGAAGAAUGGUACACUGGUCAAAGGCUCGAUCCUCGGCGUCGACGUCGCGAUGAACACGCAUCUCCGAUCAGUAAAGAUGACGCAGAAAAAUAAAGAAGAAGUUUCCAUGGAUACACUUUCGGUUCGAGGCAACAACAUUCGAUACAUCAUUCUCCCCGAUACUUUGCCUCUUGAUACCCUCCUGAUCGACGAAGAACCGAAGAAGAAGGCCGCUCGCGCCGGACGUGGUGGACGCGGAGGACGAGGAAUGCGUGGCGGACGUGGUCGUGGACGUGGACGCGGUGGCCCCCGAGGUGGUGGCAUGCGAGGUGGCCGC